UUUUUAGCUUGUUCUAAAAUAUGAGUAAUGCAAAACAAAUUAACUAUGUUGUCGGUAUAGAAUUUGGAUCUACCACUUCAGGAGUUUCAAUUGCUCAUGUACAAGACCCAUUCAAUAUUAUCACCGUUUUAUCUUGGAACGAUACGGAGAAGGUUUCAAAGAAAAAUUCUCAAAACUACUCUUCUCGGAAAUUCCUUUCUUCCAUUCUGUAUCCAAGCGACGAGGAUGAUAAUCUAUUAUGCGGUGUGAAAUUCGAAGACGUCGACAAUAAGGGUGUAUACUUAGCCAACAUUGGCCAUUAUCUUGUCGAUAUCGAGACUUCAAAUGAAAUGCUUAACCAACUGAUGAACGGUCUGACGAUCAAAAAAGUUGUCACUGAUUACUUAAAAUACUUUGUUCCUCUUGGUAUUCAAAAAUUGCAAAAACACAACAAACUUGUCAAAAAUAAAUAUUUCAAAAUUUUUGUUAAUGAAGAAUUUAUAUAUGAAGAAAUCAACACUAUUCAUUAUUGUCUUGUUUGUCCAACUAGUCGGCAAGAAUUUAUGAAAGAUUGCUUUAUCGAGGCCGGGAUCAUCGAUGAGACCGAGGCUGAAUACCGGCUUUCAUUUGUUACUGAAGCAGUUGCUACAGCUCAUUACCAACUUUCCCUUGACAGAAAUUUAACCCGAAUUCAAAAUAAUCAAAACUAUCUUGUCUGCAAUAUAAGCGAUGCGUCUGUUGGAAUAGCCGAAAUCCAUGCUGCCUCUAAUGAGUCCCUUAGCACCGUUACGGAAGUAUUUGAUGAUUUCACACAAGGAUCAAUGAAUUUGGAGGGCAGGUUUAGAGACCACUUGACGAAACAUAUGACAGAGUUAAACUUAAACACUUCACUGAUCGAUAAAUUUGUCAACGCAUUCACAGAAGACAUUAAGUAUAAAUUUACCAUGGAUGCUCCAGAAACGCCUGCCUUCUCACAAGUGGAUGCUAACAACGAUGUUGUUAAAUUUACUUAUGAAGAACUCAACAGAAUUGUCUUCGAGCCCUUUAUCAAAGGCAUAACUGAUUUGAUAUUAAAUGCUGACGAAACUCAUAACCCAUGCUGGAUCUUUCUCUCUGGAAGGUACGGGGUUGAUGCAUACUUGGCUGAAAAACUUACAAGGGUCGACCAGGGGAAGUUAGAAUAUUCUCAUUCUUUUGUUGAAGAUUCAAUCGAUAGGAUUUCCUCCGGCGCAGUAUCUUCUGUACUAAGCACUUACAAAUCACAAAUUCCUUUUUUUUCUGACAAAAAAACGUCUGCACAAGAAACUAUUUUGGAAGAAACUAGUGAUAUCGUUAACGGGAAUGAUGGUUACGACUUUAUUGUUGCAAUCGAUUUUGGUACCACUUCCUCUGGAUGCUCUUAUAUCAAACUAAGGGAUAAUAAAGGAAACCCCGUAACGACAAAGAUUAUCAAGACUAUAAAAGAAGAUUGGCCAGAGGGUAAUGCACUCGAGUUCGAGAAAGUCCCUACUUUGUUAAUGUACGACAAGAAUAUGAAGCCAAAAUACUGGGGUGAAGAGGCAAAGCUUCAAGCCAGGCGCCAUCAAGAUCUCAGUCUUCUGGGAAAUUUCAAGCUGUUUUUAUGCCCGGAUUCUUUAGAAAAAUUUUAUGGUCGAAAUGAUGAUAUUCAAAAAUUGAAGGAGCGAGUAGGUUUUACUGAAAAACAGGGCCCAAAGAAGGACGUAAAAAAAGAAAUAUUUGCAGUACAAAUUAUCGCAGAUUAUCUCAAGCUUUUCAAAAAUCAUAUCAUCGAACACAUCGCUACCAAAGAAAUGGAUGAUAACUUCACCCACUUUACUAGAGCAAGACUUUUAAAAAAAUAUAAAAUGAGAUAUGUGAUUACUAUACCAGCAAUGUGGAAUGCGUCAGCGCGGGAUACUAUGGCUCAGGCUGUCGUUGAAGCUGGAAUGAUAACAAGAAGUGAGUUAGAUAGGCUUCUUAUAAUCAGUGAGGCUGAGGCAGCAGCGUUGUCAUGUGAAAAUAAAUUUACCGAAUAUUUCAAUAAGGAAGAAGGUAGCAUAGACGGUACGAAUUUUAUUGUCUGUGAUGCUGGCGGAGGAACUGUUGAUUUAGUUACUUUUAAUUUGCAAUAUAAUGAAAAAAAGGAGUCAAUGAUUUCCCAAAUCGAUGAUGGCAUUGGUGAUACUUGUGGAUCAACUUAUCUCGAUGUGAGAUUUAAAAAUUACAUAUUCGAUUUUUAUCGUAGCUUCGGAAUAGAUAUUGAUAGAUCAAAUAUCCAGUUAGACGAUAUAAUGCAGGAAUUUAUUAAAAACCAGAAGCCCGAUUUCAUGCCUGAUUAUAAUGGUGAUACUUACUACGAUAUUAAUUUACCUGGAAAGGGUAUUAUAAAUGCCUUCAGUAAUCCCAAGUACAGACUGUCUAAUGGAAAUACAACGCUUAAAAUGAAAAAUCAAGAUAUGAAAGAGCAAAUAUUCGACCCUGUCGUUCAACGUAUUUUUUCUCUGAUCGAUAAUCAAUUAAAGCAAGCCGGAAAAGGUGGCAGAAAAGUUGACGCAAUUUUGAUGGUUGGUGGCUUUUCUCAAUCCAGAUAUCUGCAGCAAUGCAUCAAAGAUCAGUAUAAAGGUGUGUGUCAUGUAAGCGUUCCUUAUGAGGGUGGUACAGCUAUUUCUCACGGUGCUGCUUCUUAUGCCUUAAAUUCUCGUAUGAUAUCAAGAAGAACUGCUGGGCAAUCCCUCGGUUUAGAGGUACAAGCACCUUUUAUUAAGAGCUUGGCGGAUUCAUUUAAGAAGAGAGUGAAAGGCCCCGACGGAGACGAAAAUUUUGAAAAAGAUCGCUUAGAAUAUUUUGUAACAAGAGGUCAAGUAUUAGAGGGCGAGCGACAAACGGUUUAUAAGAAAGAUGUGCAUGUUGUAUACCCCAAAGCUGCACGAUCUUCUCUUGUGACAGUAGAGAUUAUGCCAACAGUAGAUACAUAA